UGGUGCGUUGGCGUCGACAGGAGCGCGGUUAAUUUGAAUCCUGCUGCGCUGCUCGGCCUCUCCCCGAAAAGUUUGUUCUGUUUCUCUCUCUCUGGAUCUCAGCGAGGCUUUCCUGGAAGCCAGCGAGGAGCGGUGGAUGGUGCAGCCGCGUGGAGGACUGGGUCUAAUCAUAUCACAGCACAAUGGAUGACUACACAAAAAUAGAAAAGAUUGGUGAAGGCACUUAUGGUGUUGUGUAUAAAGGCAAACACAAAGCUACAGGCCAAGUGGUCGCCAUGAAGAAAAUUCGAUUAGAGAGUGACGAAGAAGGUGUUCCCAGCACUGCAAUCAGAGAGGUUUCCUUAUUAAAAGAACUACAUCAUCCCAAUAUAGUUUGUCUUCAGGAUGUGCUUAUGCAAGAUUCAAGGCUUUAUCUUAUCUUUGAAUUUCUUUCUAUGGAUCUCAAAAAAUACCUGGAUUCUAUCCCAUCUGGGCAGUAUUUGGAUCGUAUGCUUGUUAAGAGUUACUUGUACCAGAUCUUGCAAGGUAUUGUCUUCUGUCAUUCAAGAAGAGUUUUGCAUAGAGACUUGAAGCCCCAGAACUUGUUAAUUGAUGAUAACGGUGUAAUUAAACUAGCCGAUUUUGGACUGGCUCGAGCUUUUGGUAUCCCUGUGCGUGUCUACACACAUGAGGUAGUAACGCUGUGGUACAGAUCUCCAGAAGUGCUGCUAGGCUCUGCACGUUACUCCACACCCGUAGACGUAUGGAGCAUAGGGACAAUAUUUGCAGAAAUGGCAACAAAGAAACCGCUCUUCCACGGAGACUCAGAAAUUGAUCAACUCUUCAGGAUCUUUAGAGCUUUGGGGACCCCCAAUAAUGAUGUCUGGCCUGAAGUAGAAUCCUUGCAGGAUUACAAGAACACCUUCCCCAAGUGGAAACCAAGCAGCCUGGCCUCACAUGUGAAAAACCUGAAUGACGAUGGACUAGACUUGCUUUCUAAAAUGUUAGUGUACGAUCCUGCAAAAAGGAUUUCUGGCCGUGCGGCCCUGAAUCAUCCAUACUUUGACGACUUGGACAAAUCCAAACUGCCAGCCAAUCGUAUCAAGAAAUGCUAACUGUCCUAAGCAGUCUGAGUAUCUUUUGAGCAAAGAAAAGAAAACCCUCCCCAAAGUCUGUGUAUCUCCUGUUUUUUAUAUGUGUCUGUCUUGUCUUGUUCUAAAACUGUAGCCCUAUUUUAGAGUGCUCUGGUUUAAGUCUUUGUGAAUGUAAAUAUUAACAUAUUCACUACUCAAUAAAGUUGUAAACUGUAAUGAAGCCCACUAUUAUAUACAUAAAAACUUU